UGUCAAAGACAAAUUUCAUCUGUCAUUCAUCCGCCUUGUUUCUUUCCUUUCUCGUUUUUGUAAUUCAAUAAAAAUGGCGAAUCGUGCUGGUGGGUCGGCUAGAAGAGUUCCUGAGACUGAAGCCGCUAUUACUUACGUACAAUGUGAUGGUUUGGCGGUGAUGAAAAUCGUGAAGCACUGCCAUGAGGAAUCAUGCAGCAACAUGGAGGUGGCCCAGGGAGCCUUACUCGGUCUGGUCGUGGAGAACCGACUGGAGAUCACCAACUGCUUCCCGUUCCCGAAGCAUGAUGACACUAUGGAUGAGGAGGAGUAUCAGCUGGACAUGAUGAGAAGACUGCGUAGAGUCAACGUUGAUCAUUUUCAUGUUGGAUGGUUAGUAUUGGUUUUUUAUGCAACUACAAAUACUGUAAGUUUAAAAUGUUUUUUUUGUCCUCUGAAAUUACAGAAGCUUGUUAUAAUGUUUGUGCUCUUGAUAUUGGUUAAAA